CAACAAAACAGUUGCAAAAAAUUCCCAAUUUCAUAAAAAGGUCAUCAAUUAUAAUACACUAGAAGAAUAAAACACCCAAACUAUAAAUAAUUUUUAUUUGAUUUAUUUCGGCAAAAAUUACUCAAUUACAUAACUGUCAAACCCAAACGUCAGUUUUAUAACCUAAAAAUGGCUUUAACUGCGAUUUCGCGACAGCUGUGCAAACCCCGUAAUUUCUCCUCACUUAAACGAAGUUUUACUGCUGGAAAAAUAAUCUACAAUAAGGAUGCAAUGCCUAGUUCAAACAUUAAAAGCAACGUGCCCGGAUUAAGUAAAAAUGUCGUGGAGAUCCCUAACCAACCUGUAGGGCCAGGAGCUGCGAAAAAUUCGCAAUACAAAAAUCCAGAAUACUUCUGUUAUGACAAAACAAGCUAUUUUGAAGCAGAGGUUGAAAUGCUGAAGUACCGUUGUCCACAGCCUUCAACUCAGGUGUAUUACAAGCCAUCGUCGCAGUGAAAUGUUUAUUGUAAAUAUUUGUUAGAUAUUAAAUGUAGUUAAGAUUA